AUGACCGAGAAAGAGUGCGUGCUUGGCAUAGUGGGGCGGUCAGUCUCACUGCCCUGCGUUUACCCCCAGUUAUUAACCUUUGUGAAUGUUUCCAUUGAGUGGAGGAGAGGUGAAGAAGUAGUGCUCAAAUCAGUGUGGAAAAAGGAUGGCGAUGUGGAGGAAUGGAGCAUUAACAGGGCCACAACCCCAGCGGACGCAGCACUGACUGGGAACGUGUCUCUGCAGCUGCCCACAGUUGAUCCUACAGAGCACAACACAUAUUAUUACAGUCUCCUCGUCAUUUCAGGGGAGAAUCAAAGCACUGAGCUGUGCACCGUGUGCCUCAGGACAGCAGCCGGUUUCAGCUCCCCGCUGCUGCAGAGGGAAGAGGCCCAGCAGGGAGAGGAGGCGGCCUUCGUGUGUCACUCCACUGGUGGUUUUCCUGAACCUGCAGUUUACUGGCUCAUCAACACAGAGGAGCCCCCUGAAGGCUCAGUGAGGACCCUGGUGGCAUUACUCCCAGACUCCCAUCUGUACAACAUCUCAAGCUACCUGACGGCCAACAUUUCCAAAGACGCCAGUGUGUCGUGCAUCAUAGAGAACCUGACCAUGAACGAAACCUUGACAUCUACAAAGUGUGGAGUAAAGGGCAGCCCUGUGGUGGGUCGAGCAUCCGAAGCCUUGUGGAUCUUCAGCACGGCUCUGUGUGUGGUGGUCCCCAGGGCCAUGGUGCUGGCAGGAGUCAUCUAUCAGAUUCACCUGGACAGGAUGAGUAAUAGGAAGAAGAAGGAGUCCCUAGAGCAGCACCCUAAAAGAGGUAGGCAUGUCUGAAGGUUUCUCCCAUGU